AUGUCACGUCGUAAACAGACAAAUCCAAGAGCGAUAAAACGUGAUGUAUCUCAAGAUGAUGAUGAUGAAAAUUCUGAACUAAUUACUAAAAAAUUCGCAACAGAAUCAAUUCGAUCGAAUAGUAUUGAUUCAACAGUAACCACCGAAGAUGAGCAACAAAAUUCAUCUAUUAAAUGUGAUAAUUGUCAAGAAAUAUUUUUAACUAGUGAACAAUUUAAUCAUCAUCGUCUUUAUCAAUGUUCUUUUCUCCCAGACGAAACUAAUAGUGAUGAAAGUCGAACGUCAUCCUAUGAUGAAUAUGCUAAUCAAACAGAAACAAUUCCACAUGGAAUAAGUCAAAAUGAAGAGUAUCCACAUCCAUGUGCUUAUUGUCAUAAAGCAUUUUCAAAUAUGGCUCUUUUACUUAAACAUGAACAAGUUCAUGUUGAAUUAAUGCCAUUUCGAUGUUCAUUUUGUGGUAAAGGAUUUAAACAUCGUCGUAGUUUAAAUCGUCAUUCAAAAUUACAUACAGGUGAACGUAAAUUUAAAUGUACAUUAUGUGAAAGUACAUUUGCACGUUCUGAUCAUCUUAAAGCUCAUAUUCGAACUCACAGUAAUAGUAUUAAUAAUAAUAAUAAUAAUUCAAUAACACUCGACAAAUCGAUAAAUCUUGAUUUUCAAUUAAAAAUUCCUACACAUACAAAACCUUUAUAUGAAGAACGUCCAAUAUCAUCAUCUAAUAAUAAAAUAAAUAAAGAUGAAAAUAAAACUGAACAUUGUCCUUAUUGUCCACGUAUUUGUCUUGGCGAUGAUAGUCUUCGUUAUCAUAUUCAAAAUGAACAUAAUCAAUCUGUUGAAGACGAUUCAAAUAAUGAUCAUUUCAAAUCUGAACGUAUAUCUCCAUCAUCAAAUGAUACAUAUUGUCAUUUAUGUAAUGCAAAAUUUAAUAAUCGUGAAAAUUAUUAUGCACAUAUACGUUGUACACAUCCACCAUUUCAAAAAACACUCGAUCAAAUAUCUCUAUUUCAAAUACCAUCAAUAACAAAACAACCAGAUAAAAAUGAUGAUUUAAUCUUAAAUGAAUAUGCACUUAUUGAAAAAACAAUUUGGUGUGAUAAAUGUAAACGUUCAUUUGAUUCUAUGACAGUUUAUUUACAACAUUAUUCAUUUCAACAUUGUCUACAAAUUAUAAAAUGUCUUCAAUGUCAAGAUGUAUUUGAAACAAUUGAUUUAUUUUUUAGUCAUAUUGAACAAACACAUCCAUCAAAAACAAUUGAAACAUAUAAAUGUAAAUUAUGUAAUGCAUCUUAUAAACAUUGUACAGAUUUUCUUCAUCAUAUUCAAACAGUUCAUAAAUCAACAUUAUAUUCAUGUUCAUUAUGUUCAUGUCAGUUGAAUUCAACAAAUGAAUUAAUCGAUCAUUUAAAAUUUAUUCAUAAAAUCAAUCAAAAUAUUGAUUUUCAUAUAAAUCAUCGUCGACCAUCAUUUAACACAUUAUUUCCAUGUACGUAUUGUUCAUUAAAAUUUAAUUCAAGAUUUGAUCUUAAUCAACAUAUUCUACAUGAACAUAAUGAUGAACGACGACAUAUUAUAUCAGAUUGGCAUCAAAAUGGAAAAAAAUUAUCUACACCAUCAUCAUCCGAUAUAAUGUGUACUUUAUGUGAUCUAUCAUUUCCAUCUGAAUCGCUUCUAUUAGAACAUAAUAAACAGACACAUCGAUCACCGCCUCCGCCAUCACUAUCACCAUCAUUUAAAUGUACUUGUUGCCAUGCAUUAUUUACAUCUCGUACACAACUUGAUCGUCAUUCUCGUAUUCAUAUAGCAUCAUCUGGUACUAAUUUAAAAUGUAAUAUAUGUGAUCGACUAUUUUCAACAAUUGAUAUACUUUCUGAACAUAAAUUAUCACAUUGUAAAGCAACAACAUCAAAUAUAUGUUUACAUUGUCAUCAAUUAUUAAAUAAUGAAGCAGAUUUUACACGUCAUUUACAUGAACAUAAUCAUCAUCAUCAUCAUUUAAAAAGUAAAGCAAGAUUAUAUUCAAAUAAUAAUGAUAGUCAAUUUGCUAUAACAUGUAUUAUAUGUAAACAAUCCUUAUUAAAUGAACAUGAAAUCGAUUUACAUGCAAAAUUUCAUUUAGCAAAUAUAAAGAAUAAAGAAACUUCAUUGAUACCAAUGACAAUUACAUGUAAUCAAUGUCAUCAAACAACAAAUACUAAUCGAGAAUAUUUAUUAGAACUUCCAUCAUUUAAUAUUAAUUGUUUUAAUUGUAUUGAAAAAGAUUUAAAAUCUCCAGAUCCAUGUACAAAACCAGAAAUUGAAUCCAUAUCAAAUUCACUUACUUGUCUAUAUUGUCGAAAUGAUGCUCAAUUUGAUAGUAUUAAAACUUAUCAACAACAUUUUACAUCCAUUCAUUUAUCCAAAAAUUCAACUGAAGAGUAUCAUUGCCUUAAAUGCAAUAAAAUUGUUCCAUUUCGUGAACAUAUAUUUCAACAUCAAUAUAAAAAAUCGUCUUCAUCUUUAAGUGGUUUUCUUAUUGAUAGUAUUGAUUCAUCUAUAUCUUCACGUUGUCCAUCUCCACCUCGUGUACAUUAUUGUUAUUUAUGUCGAACUAAUUUUGAUACAGCAAUUAAAAUGCAUAUACAUUUAAUUGAACAUCAAUAUCCAAAUCAUGAUUAUCAAUGUAGUCUUUGUGAGCAAUGUUCAUUUGAUGAUGCUUCACAAUUAUAUCAUCAUAUGGUUCAACAUGGUUCAAAAGCACGAUUACAUCCAUGUCGAGAAUGUGAUGUAUAUUUUAUGUUUUCAAUGCAUCUUAUUAAUCAUCAAUAUAGUCAUACAGAUGAAACAUUAGGAAAAAAAUCCAAUGGAUUAAAAUAUUCUUUAAAAUCAAAAAUGAUUUCUAAUGAAGAUAAUAAACAAUUAUUAAAUGAAGAUGAUGAUAAUAAUUCAUGUAAAUCUAUUGUUACGAGAUCAUCAACAAAAGGAACAUGUCGUUCAGUAUUUGCCAGUUAA